UCGGAGCACCACAGCGGAAAUAUUAACCCUACUAAACACUAUAGAGGUGGGGGUCGCUGACGUUUCUAAUACAGUCAUAAACACUGUUGUGUUUUGCACUUUGGUUUGAGACCUUUGACCUUAUCACUCUUUUAAUUCCACCUGCACAAACAUCUUGGACUCUGAAGCUCCUUUGAGAAUGAAACGCACCAAAGCACUUUCGGAGCCCUGGCUAUGACUCCACCCGUGCACUCAGACAUGUAUGUCGCCAAGCUAAGAGAAGGUGGAAGAAAGAUAAACUUAGUGUCACAUGAAAUCCUAUAGCAGUAUCUGUCUGACCAUCAGAGUGCUGUAAAAUAUGCAAAAUCUGAUUUUAUUUCUAACUUGGUCAACAACUGUCACAGGCCUCAGGUUCUUUUUAAUACACCCUUACAAAUCCCUGUAAUUCUGCUCCUAUCAUACCUACAUUGGACCUCUGUGACUCUUUUCUAAAAUUCUUUGUUGAAAAGAUUUUUGCCCUUCGAUCUUCUGUAACCACAUCCUCUGACCAUGAUCCCUCUGUUCCUCCUAUGUGCCUUGCAGUCCUGGAUCAGUUUGAGCCUAUAUCAAUCUCUUCCCUAUCAAAAAUGGUUGUCCAUCAUUGCGCCCCACGAAUUGUCCUUCAGACAGAAUUCCCUCUCGUCUGAUUAGGGAAAUCUUUGACACCACUGGACCAUGUAUUUUGUUAUUGAUAAAUACCUGUCUUUUCUCUGGUUAUGUUCCGUCCACCUUUAAACACGCUGUUGUGCAGCCCCUGUUGGAAAAGGAAAAUCUUGACCCCUCUGUACUUUCUAAAUUCAGGCCCAUCUCUAAACUGUCUUUCUUAUCUAAAGUCCUGGAGAAAGUAGUUUUUACCCAGCUGCAAACAUUUCUAAUUAAUUAUAAUGUUUAUGAAAAGUUCCAGUCCGGUUUCAAACCCUGUCACAGCACUGAAAAUGCACUUUUUUUUAAUGACUUGAUUUUAACUGUUGAUUCAGAAGUCUUUGCCGUCCUAGUGCUCUGAGACCUCACUGCUGCCUUUGGUUAUGUGUUUCUCUUCGACUUGCUUAUGUGCUUGUUUUGCUCCAAGAUCAUCACCAUUGACGAGGCUAAGCGUAGGCAGAGCUUUGGCAGCUGCGAUGGAGACCUGGCUGUGGAAGCACUGCCCGUGCUCAGUGACACCAGUGACCUACUGCAGGACACACACAUUGAGAAGCUUGCCUGUCGCUUGCCAGCCCGUGUGCAGGUACCCUGGAGACUGGCCUACAGCAGUGAACAUGGGACCAGCCUGAAGACUCUGUACAGGAGCCUGGCAGACUUGGAGUCUGUUCUGGUGGUGAAAGACAUGGAUAACCAGAUAUUUGGGGCAUUCUCGACUCAUCCCUUCAGAGUGAGUGAACACUGCUACGGCACAGGAGAGACAUUCCUCUACAGCUUCUGUCCUGAGAUCAAGGUGUACCGCUGGACAGGGGAGAAUUCUUACUUUGUGAAGGGAAAUGUUGAUUCUCUGCAGAUGGGAGGAGGAGGUGGUCAGCUGGGUCUGUGGCUGGACUCUCAGCUGUACCGGGGCACCACCACCAAAUGUGCCACCUUCAACAACCAGCCACUCUCCGCCCAGCAGGACUUCAACAUCCACAGCCUGGAAGUCUGGACCUUUGAGUAGGCUCACCUGCUCCAGCUCCGUCCACAUCCGCUCUCUGCUCCAAACCCUCAAACACCUCCCAAGUCUAUUACGCACCACUUGGAGGCAAACCUAGCUACCCCACAAUGACACUAAAUGUUCUGUGAGCGAAGUCAGAAAGCAACCUGUGCACUUGUUAAGUUGACUGAAGACAAUACGCAAGGUCUUCUGUAGCCUAUUUUGAGGUGGGGUUUGGCUCGUCUAGUUCAUCUCGUCCUUCCAAAGGCGGGAAGUGUGAGAAAAUGUUAUGGCUCUCAGUUCAUUGGCUGCCUCAGACACCCGACAACGCCUCCAGCUUUCCCAGCAUGCAAGACUGCCUUACCACCAUAAGCUUAUGAAGAGAGAGAGAGAGAGAGAGAGAAGAGAAAGGCUGCUGAUGUUAGUGUUGAUGUUAUAAACCCCAAAAAGAGCUUAUUUUUAAGUGUGUAUGAAAGAAUAAGGUGUCCCAUAAUGCUGUAGGUGUAUUUGUGCAGAGAUAAUGGUUAAUGUAAAUUAAAUGUUUAAGAAUGUACAGGAUUAUAAACUGAAGAGGUUUGAAAUGAUGGUGUAUCCUUUUCUUUUAUUAAAUGACGCAAUGAAUUCCAAAUGUGAAGGAAAUGAAAAUUGCCAGGGAGAUUUUUGGACCCUGCGACAUUAAAUUAAUUGUUUACAAUGGAAGUAUUGCAGAUCCUCUGAAGGCCGUCUCGUUCUCUUAUUUUUUGAGUUUUAGCUGAACUGAAUUAGGAUGUUUCAUUUCCUCAUAACUACAUAUAAUGUUUUAAUCCCCUGUACUAUCCAAAACAAGUGGUAAAGCCAGUACACAUUUGCAAUGACCAAAUAUG